AUGCCAGAACUGUCAUCUUCUCUUCAACAUCCUACUGCUGCAAUCGCAAUGCAGACUAAACGACGACCCAUGAGUGUUUUUUAUUAUGCUUCGCCAUCAACUGGGACUGACAGGUUUAUUCCUACUGUGUCGGCUGGAUUUACUGAAUGGGGACGAUCUGCUACUCAUCCGUCUAACAGCUCACAGCCCUACGAACAUCCUCAUGAACCUUCUACUCCAGUAGACUCCGCAUCUACCUCUGUAGGACUGACUACUAGUCCUACCAAUAUCAACGCUCAAGAGUUGUGGCCAAACCCAAAGAUUCCAACACAACAGCAGCUGAAUGCCAAGUUGCGUUCAGGUCAGGCUUACUCUCGAGCUGCUACAGUUGCUUCCAUCUUACCAUUCAGCCAUACUGCAAAAGCUCCAAAAGUCGAUCCCUUGUUGGAACUUGUCAAUGAUGUAUUCAGUCGUCGCAGAGAGUUUCAGUCGUCUGUUCAAGCUUUACAGAAUCACAUGUCUAAUGCCAAUCCACAGCACUCUCCUGCUCUUUCUAAUACAACUACUGAGCUAAGAACAAGACCAGCUAUACCAUCACAGAAUACUGGCUUUGCACAAAACCUUGAUACUGACGAAGAUCCUGAAAAAAUCACAUUGCAAUCUCUUAUUAGUCUUAAUGAACGACUGAAACAGCAAGUGGGUAGAGCAUUGUCACAGGAGGAUUGCAAUCAUGACUAUACAGAGUCCAGUCGGAAUCCUGCACUAGAUGAACUAAACGAAGAAGAGGUGUCGCUUCUCAAUCCACUUGUACACUCGAAUAAAAACUCGAGUAUAUUUUCCACCGUCUAUUCAAAGGCUGCCAAGAUAGGUCACAGAUGUUGGUUCUACGUCUGCACUGACAAGGCAUUUCGAUUCGCGUUUCAAGUUUCCAUUGCCAUUGUACUGGCAACGCUAUUCAACUUUGUUGAUGUAUUGCGCGAUCAGAUUCAUGGCAAGGGAUGGGCUGCUGUUACUGUUAUUGCUACAUACGAAGCAACGUAUGGAGGUUUUCUGCGCAAGUCAUUGCAACGAGUGAUUGGCACGGUUUUUGGUGGUCUGAUUGGGGUUGCUCUACUUGCCAUUACAUUUGCUCUUCCUCCAUUUUGUCUUCAAUGCAGCUACAAACCCUAUCUUCUCAGCAUCAGUCUAUUCGUAGCCACAUUCAUUAUAUCCUAUGCUAGAGUCAUACAGCCGAAAUACUCGUAUGUUUACAUGGUGAUGUUGCUAACCGUUCUCAUUGUGGUGCUUGGUGAAUAUGCCGAGCCAAAUUACGAAGAGGAUUGGGAUCCUAGUCUUCCAUUUUAUAGUCGACCCUUUUACGUCUCUGCAGUGAACAGAAUUGGACUGGUUGUACUGGGUGUAGCCAUUUCGUUUGUCGUGUCGACCUUUGUCAUGUCAGAACGAGCAUCUACUAGACUCCCUGAGCGUGUUGGAAAAAUCAUGACAAUGAUAGCCGAGCUUCAAGAGUUUGUUCAUUUAUCAUAUCAUGACGGUACAAAAGAGGUGGAUUUUUCCAUUACAGUAUUCAGAGAUGAAGCACUAGUCAAAGCCGAUGGUAUUGCAAAAGAAUUAGAGAAACUUCGUGUACUGAUUGAAGAUGCUUCUGGGGAGAUUCUGCUUACAUCUAGCGAAGCCAAAGCGGUAUCGCAUUCACCUGAUUGUCAACGUGGUGUCGAGCGACUAUUUUAUCUUACAGUUACAAUGGUGUAUGGCCGUAUCUGGGCAGCAGAUAAUAUUGCACUUCAUCAGAUUUUGGAUACACGAUUUCAUGUUCUUAUUGAAAUGCUUGGAACAGUGAUCCACUCUACAUCCAGAGUGUUCCAGCAUCGACUAAUUGAUCCUACAGCACAUAACCAUGAUCCACAGUUGCUUAGUACAAACAUCUUUCCUUUGCUGAGGGAUGCCGUCUUUAUGACAUUGUGCCUGUUUAGACAGGAGCAAACACAACUUCAUCAGUCCAAUCUUGCUGGGGCGUUUUCUGAAAUGGAAUGGGCAAAUUGGAAUCACUACUCGUUGUCAUUUAUGCAAUGUUUAGUGAACCUAGGAGCAGUGAUUGAAGCAGGAGCCCUGAUUAUGGCCAAAGAAUAA